AUGAAGGUUCUCGGCACCGGUUACACCGACAAUUGGAUCGCUUCCGCUCUAUAUAUUCGAAUUUUGACCUAUCAAAACACAUCCAGGGGCUUUCUACAAAAAGGGAGUGAUACCCCUACAGUCUUGACCAAUACUAGCAAAGGCGAAACUCAAAACCUAGCCUCUCGGAGCAUCGUCUAUGGGAACAGUCUUGCACAAAACACUACCGAUCUAUUGGUUUCAAGCGAUGGUGUUAGCAACAGUAUUGCUUCUGCAGACCUGUGGAGUGCAGCAUACCGCGAGGCAGUUGAAAUGUUUGGGAAGGAACUGGACAUCGCUGAUAUGAAGGGAAAGAAUGUCAUGCAGCUAUUCCAUGACCUUGAAGUUACUGGAAAAGAAAAAGUCCACGAAUCUGCCUUUCUGAGGGGCUUGAAUUAUUUGCGAGCACACAAAAUAUAUCUCGAGGGAUUCAAGCUAGCGCUGGAUCUAUCAAGCCCACUGGCAAAUAUGGAACCAGCUACAAAUGCGGCUUUUGGUGUGGUUAGAAGCGUGACUGCGAUUGCUAUCAGCUUUGCAACCGCUGAUUUGGACUUCGCGAAGCAAAUUGUAGCGAUGCUGAAGCAAAUUGCCUACAUCGAUGACUGUGACACGCUUGGCCAGAAAGCGGAUAGGAACGACAUCCAUAAAGCACUCGUCUCGGUGUAUCAAAAGAUCCUCGAGUUCUACGAAGCUGCACUUGAGAUCUUGAAAAGGACUGGAGCAAGAUUCAUAAUGAAAAUGGUUCUGGAGAACGACCGCCUUCCAACCAUUGUGCAAGAAUUUCUGGAAUGUUCACAAAAUCUCACGAAGAUCAUAAGUAAAGCGACGUGCGAAAUCCAGACCGAUAUUCAACGUAUGCUCUAUGAUCGUGAAAGUAAGUCUUCAUACAUUUCACGCUGUUAUACGCAUUCUUACCUGAUCCAAGUUUCCAGAUGGCUGGGUGGUGACAAGAUGAGCCAACAAACCCAGUACCAUCAAUAUUUGACCGAACAACGAGCUGAUAAAGCUUGUGAAUUCUUACUGGAGAAUCCCAAUUUCAUCAACUGGUACCGAGCUUCCGAUUCACAGCAGUUGAUGAUCUUCGGCGAUAUGGGCAGUGGAAAAAGCUUUGCUAUGGCAUUUCUUGCGGACGAGCUGGUACGAAGAAGCAAACACCAACUACCUCAGCCCAAGGUCUGCUAUUACUAUUGCCGGGAUGAUGAGACGGGGAAAACCGUCUUCAUAUUAUCGGCUCUAAUUUUAUCGCUCCUUGGGCAGCUCACGGGUCUGAAGAAGCCAUUUGUUCAGUGGUACAAGGAGGCUCAGAACUCCGGGGACUUUGAUCCGGCGACAAAUUUCAAAACACUGGGAGAGUUCCUAUGCAAAGUGCUCGAAGCAAUUGAUCGCCCGGUCUUUGUGGUGAUUGAUGGCCUGGACGAGUGCAAUAGAGAAUCCCGAAGUAAUCUCCUGACAAUAUUGCGAAAAUUGUUACAGAGAGUUUCGGGGCUGAAAAUCAUACUGUCUUCCCGUACACAGGAUGAGAUCUUGGAACGGCUUCACGAUACGGCUAAGAUCGAAAUGGUAACUGACGCUCAUCGAGAUGGCAUUAUCGUCGCAAAAGUCGUCGAAAGAAAGUUGUUCGAUCUAUCGCCGAAUGUCAAGUCACUUGUCAUCGACAGACUUACUCGUCUAGCAAAAGGAAGCGCCAUAUGGACGAGGAUGACCAUUGAGCUGAUUGAAACCCGCAAAAUUAUGGCAUUCGAUCCGAUGAAAAGCUUCUUGGAAGAAAUGUCACUCCCCGAACAGCUAUCAGAAGUUUACAGCACGUUGCUCUCCCGCUGCUCUUCAAACGAUCCCGACAACCUCAAAAUUGCCAGUACCGCGCUCAAGAUUCUCGCCACCACUAACCGAAAUUUGAGCAUACUAGAGCUCGGCUGGGCCGUUGCAUUAGGUACGACUCGACAUGUCACUACCGUAGAUGCUCUUGCCAAGCUAGUGGAUCACCAGAGAGUCAUGAGGUUAAUUCACCCGUUCAUUGCUCACGUCGAGUUCAAAGACGUAAAGAAGCACCAGGUUCGACUCGUGCACCAGUCGGUGAAGGAGUUUGUACUGAAGAAUUUCGUCUCGAAUCAGCCAUGGCGACACGGUCCAAUCUCAAGAGAACCCGAUGAAAUGAUUCUUGACCAGUGCUCUGAAAGUCUGCAGGCAUUUAUCCUUGAUAUUUGCACCAGGUAUCUUCUUCUUGAAGACAUUGGCAGAAGAACUCUGUUCUCCGAGGAUCUUGUGGCAAUUGCAGAGCUGCCCCAAGACAUAUUCAACGAUAACGAAGGGCCGAUCGAGUACGACAAAAAUUGCACAUGGGAAGCUUGGGAGGAGGAUAUGAUCCAUUUUGAUCCCACUGACCGCGGCUUUGGAGAGUUCUUUGUCUACGCAUCAUGCCAUUGGUUGAACCACUUCUGCACCAUUACAGCUGAACAUCUUCCAAGUCUAGAAACCAUAGAGAAGAUAUGCCAAGCGGGCUCGACUCGAUUAAGCAAUUGGAUUCAACAAAACUGCCGCCCGGGCUGCACGUUAACGCCAAGAUUUGAGUUUGAAAGCAGUCUGUACGAUCCUCUCAGCAUCGCUUCGCUUUAUGGCUCAGUAGCCAUGCUACGAGAUAUGCUUGAAAACUCAUCCUUCGACAAGGACAUUUUUCUGGAACAGUCGGCUAUGAGAGCUGCUCAUGAGAUUCUCCGAUGGGGGGACGUAUCAAGACUUGGAAUCAUCUUCUUCAGUGAUCGACUUGGUCAUCAGCUACGAAAUCUUGACUUUUUCCGACUUAUCAUCAAAUGGUGGUGCAACCGCACUCUCACCAACCACCAAUGCGAUCUUGUAUUUGAUCUUGUCAAUGAUGUGUCAAAUCAAUUGGUCCAGGAACAAUGGGGAAAUGAACUUCUGUGCAUAGCUGCUAGUGCAGGCUGCAUGCCCAUAAUCCGGCGGCUAAUGACCAGCGCUCAGCAUAGUCCAGAGCUAAAGAGCGAAUUGCUGCGUGGGUAUCGACUCGAACAAUGGUCACAAGUUGUCAAACCAACACAUCAGUCGAUCGGAGAGGCUGUUUUGAGAAACAACCUUGACGUGGUACAAUAUUUACUGGGUGAGAGUGGCAUCGAAGCCCUUCUUCGAUAUCGGAAUUCCCGUGGUGAAAACGUUCUGCAUUUGGCGUCAAAAACCUGCAACCCAGAUAUCUUCCGACUAUUGGCCCUUCAUUUCCAGGAAGGAAUCCACCAAGAAGAUGAUCAAGGCGACACAGCUCUAGUGCGGAUAAUCACCAGUUCUUCACCCACAAAAGACCGGUACGAGUCGGCGAAGAUUCUCCUCUCACAUUAUGACACGGACUGGAAUUUCCAUUCUUGGAAUGAGCAACAUAAUGCUUUGCGGGCCGCUGUGAAGAUUUGCGAUCUAGGCAUGUGUUGCCUUUUGAUAUGUAUUGGCAAGAUCAACGCACUUCCAUCCAUGACCUGUGAUAGCGUGAGCCAAGUCGAUCUGGAAAACAUACGUGUUGAAAAUGAGGGGAAUAUGCUGGAGAUCUUAGCGGAUCUUUUUGAGAUCAUGAAAGUGCUGCCCAAUGACGAUUCAGCGCAGCUUUUUGGUCCAAUGACGGAGCGGUCUAUUCGGAAAUUGGCUGAGGACCGUUUUAACAGUGACUUUGGAGAUCUAAUUAGUGGUUUACAUCCUGUUGAAGUGGUCUGUCGGACUCACAAGAGCCAUCAGUGA